AAAAAGUUUUUAUUUAGUCAACCUUCGGCCUUCUUCGUCGUGACUGGCGGAUGUCCAGUUAAAUUCUUGAAGUUCUUUGUGGAAUCUUCAACGUUUUAUUUCUUGGUGUAAUUUGUUCACCGUAAUACAUUUUGGUAAAAUGUCGAACCGCCGAGUCGUGGCUUUAGACACAGAAUCCGUGGGGCUUGGCCCCGGAAACUGGGGGGCUGUAGCGCAGGUCUCCAUGGUGGAUCUGGACUCUGGGAAGAACUACAACGCGUACAUUCGGCGGCAGGGCAUCACGGACUACCGGACAGAGUUCAGCGGCCUCACGCCGCAGGUUUUGCAGGCUAAAGGGAGGAACUUCAACGACGUGAAGAAUGAAGUACUGGACUGGAUUAGAGACGCCAUAGUGGUUGGACACGCCAUCCAUCACGACUUGAGAGGGUUGGGGAUCGUCGUGAGGCAAGAGGACAUAAGAGACACUUCGAAAUAUUGGCAGUUCACGCAAGCCAACAACGGUAAAACGCCAAGCCUAGCCUUCUUGGCUCAGCGAUUCCUCAACAAAACAUUGAGAAGAAAUGGCCGCCAUUCGUGCAUGGAAGAUGCGCAAACGACUAUGCAGCUGUAUAGGCUGGUCGCCGACAGCUGGGAAGCCGAGUUAAACAACUGCUACAGUUCCGAAGAAUCAGAAUCGGAGGAAGAAUACUACGAAUCCGAUACUAGCUCCAGCUCUGAUGAUGAUUAUGGUUAUUAUAACAAUUAUCGUUACUAGCUGGAGCAUGCAGUGCACUUUAAAAUAAAAAUUUGUGUUAUUAUUUCUAAUAACUUCUUAUAGCCUGCUCCAAUUCACCCUGGCAAUUAAUAAAGUAUGAUAACGACACCAUCCGGCACGAAGGACCAGAAUUUAGUGUAAAAAUAUUGUAUUGUUGAAAUACAAAGUUAUUGCGAAACACGACGCCAUUAUUUUGUUAAAUACAAAUGAUAUUAUAACUAUUUUGAGAGUUCAUAAUAACAGGAAAUUAGUGUUAGUUCAGUUUUUAGUACAGUCAGCAGCGUCAGACCAUGUCAUUUGUAUUGCAAAGUCGCACCUAGGACAACGUCAUAAGAAGCGAGUGUUUAUCUUGUUCUUGUUGUGUUGUCGGCUGUACAACUAAAAUGCUUCGAAAAAG